AGUAAAAAUGAUAUUCGAGGACGAGGGCGAAAUUCGUGAUUUCGUAACGACUACACGAAGAGACUUUCAGGGAAGAAAGAUAAAACCGAUUUUCAAAACAAAACCAUUUUUCACCGAAUACGACGAAUCUAAUUCUGUUACUGAUGCUUACAAAGAAUACUUGCAUACCAAGAAACAUAGCGAGCGUUUACCGUACUCUCAACGACUAGAACCAUCGGAAGUAGUUUUGAAAAAACUAUUGAAAGAAAAACCAUACUUGAGCAAAUUUAUUCAUGGUCCUCCAAACGAAGAACCAGUUGACCUCCGAAAACAACAUUUAGCAUCAAGUGUCUAUCAAGAUGAAAUUUGUCACAUUGUUGACAAUCCUCAACUAUAUUUUGAUCGUGUCGAAGACAGUGUUGAGUUCACAGAUGAUUACGUUGUUCCAGAGUCUACUCAGCAAAGAGCAUUUAGACAUCCUCGGCAAUUUUUAAAGAAUUACAUUUUUGCCCGGCGACCUGCGACAAAAUUACCCAACAAUUUGGUUGUCAAUGAAAAAGAACGAGAAAUUUUAAAAGUCCAGUAAGUAAUUUUUUAUUAGAAAAACA